AUGCAAAAACAGUAAACUCUUGCUAUUGUACGGGCUCCUUCUGGAAUUACAAAGUAGCCAUUUAAAUCAAUUGAUACAAUUAACUAAACACCUCUUCAAAGAGUAAACUCUGCAGGAUUUAUGGGUGGCCGCAUUUAAUCAAAUUAAUAAUAGAAAGCUUCUACUCCAUUCUACUAUACCCAUAAUUAUAGGUAAGAUUGGAAAAAUUAUUUACAUUCACUUCCUCGUAUACCAAGAAUCAAGAUUUUGGCUCCAGGAACUGGUUAUGAUGCAAAAAUGAAUAAAUGA